AUGUUGUUCAUAAAACUUUAUUAUUUAUUUUUCAAGGACGCUUCCUUGUUUUAGAGCUAGCUGAACGACCCACUCGAAAGAAAAAACCAUAACAAAAAACAAAGACGAACACAGGCGACAUUCUCUUUCGGAAUGGUUACUUCCUGGUAUAUUUAGAACCACUUUCCCAAUCAAGCAUUUUGUUACAGUCACACUGGCGCGUGCAUGAUGCGUUCAUCACGUGAUUCUAUCAUCAUUUCACUUUCGUGCGGUUUGGGAACUUUUCAGCAUUAUCCAGCUUUAUAAUGGCAUUAUCUAUUAUCAUACAUUAACCAAAGUCCAAACGACCGAGCCAUUUGUACAGAGCAAGUGCACCGAUAAAUUAUUCACCCAAAACGGGCGGCGAUUCGUGAGACGUAGGAUGGUUGGCGCGGCUUAACCUGAUGAGUCAAUUUUUUUGAGAAGUACCUUAUUAAAAUUGACUCUAAUCGGUAGGGCAAACUGAUCAAGUGCUUGUGGUGCCUUUGCGACGACUGGAACACAUUAGACACUUUCUCACGACCAAGGGUAGGUCGAUGUAUGCAUAGGACUCGUCGUAGCAAGUGAAGAUCAUCAGCUAUGGCGUGUGUUGCGUUUCGCUCACUGGGGUGCUUUCUGGUGGUUCUGCACCUGUCGAGUUUGAGUCUUUGUGAGGAGGUAGCGAGUCCCUGUGGUAACCAAGACACUGGUUAUAUCCAGGAAGGAGAUCUGAUGAUAGGAGGGCUAAUACCGCUUCAUUACACCAACCUGUCGGAUGAUGGUCUCUGCUCCCCGCUCCGGUCCAUCAAAGCUCUGCGUGAAGUCGAGGCUAUGGUCUACGCUAUCAACUGGAUCAACAGGAACCACACGAUCCUGCCCGGGGUGCGACUUGGAUACCACAUCCGAGACACCUUCUACUCGGUCUCGGCCACUCUCCGCAGCAGCCUCAAUUUCAUUCCAGGGAGCGGGUUCGGUGACCAGGACCGGCCGGUUGUUGGGGUCGUCGGUGCCCGCCGGAGCAGCUGCAGCGAGCAGGCGGCCAUCCUUCUCGGUCUCUACCGGAUGCCCCAGGUCAGCUACCUCUCCACCAGCGACGUCCUGAGCAACAAGAACCGCUACCCGUACUUCAUGAGGACCGUCAGUCCCGACAUCUACCAGGUCGAGGCCAUCGUGGACCUCCUGAUGGAGUUCAACUGGUCCUACGUCACCUUCAUCAGCUCGGACGAGAUCUACGGCCACAACGGGCAGCAGGAGUUUCAACGCCGCAGCACCGGGGGCGACAUCUGCACCUCCAUGUCGAGCUACCGGACCGUGUCGCCGUUUGCCGACCAGGGGGAGUUGGACGCGAUGAUCCAGGGGUUGCUGGAGCUCCAAGCCGACACUGACUCGGUCGUCGUGGUUCUCUUCGUGGACAUUGAGCUUGCCAGGAAGAUUUUCCGGGCGGCUCGCCGCGUUGGAGCCCAGAGACGGUUCAUCUGGAUCGGCAGUGACGGAUGGGGAAACUACGGCGAGGCUGCCAUCAUUGGAUUCGAGGAAGCCACUGUCGGUGCAUUCACAUUAUCUCCUCUGUCGCGGAGAUUGGAUGACUUUGACGAGUAUUUCCACUCCCUGAACACAUCCAGCAAUAACCCUUGGCUGCGGGAAUUCCUCGAGAAGUACACCGGCUGCUCCUUGGAUGGCUGCGACGAGCCGGGCCUGAUCCAACUAGCGGACGACGGUAAAGUCGCCCACGAGACUCUGGUCAUGGACUCCGUCUUCACCUUCGCGCACGGCCUAGACCGCAUGCGCCGUGACCUUUGCCCCGAAGCAGAGGAAGGGCUGUGCUCCAACAUGACAGACAUUGACGGGGACAUCUUGUUGAAAUAUCUGCUUAAGACCGAGUUUGAGAGCCUCGCCAAUGGCUGGAUCAGCUUCACAGAGAGUGGUAACAUGUACGGCAGGUAUGCCGUCAACCACUUGGAGAUGAACGAGACUACGGGAGAGUACACCUUCCAGCUGGUGGGCGAGUGGAAGCAGUCCACGGACGAAGACGUCCCGAAUCUCAAGAUAGAAUCGGGGUUACCCUGGUACCUCUGGGACGGAGCAUCGGUAGAUCCCACCACGGGGAUACCGAGGUCGGUUUGCAGCGACCCUUGCAAGCCAGGGGAGAAGAUCAACCGCAUCCCGGAUAACCUAUGCUGUUGGACCUGCACCCCCUGCGAACAGUCCGAGAUUGUUGCCGUCAAUGGCACCAGCUGCGAGUCCUGCAUCGACGUGGACAACAGGAGGUUCGCCUGGCCAAACGCAGACCAGACGGUCUGCGUGGACAUACCUUCGGACUUCAUACUCGGGGAGCAGGCAUGGGCCAUCGCCAUUAUCACGGUGGCCUGUGUGUGCGUGGUAGCCACCAUCUUCACCUUGGCCGUCUACAUAUACAACCAGGAGAUGCCACUCAUCAAGGCAUCAAGCCGGGAGCUUAGCUACAUCAUCUUCGUCGGCAUCCUCCUCUCUUACGUCACGGCCAUCGUCUUCUCCAUCGCUCCUUCUCCUUUUGUCUGCGUCCUCCGACGUCUUGGUCCUAGUAUAGCAGCGUCAUUCAUCUAUGCCUCCAUAGCUACCAAGACGAUCCGUCUCUUCCGCAUCUUCACAGCAUCUAAAAAAUCGGCCAAGAGACCCAACUACAUCGGGUCAAUGUUCCAGGUGGUCUUAUCACUAUCCGUAUCAGCACUAGCGGUGAUUUGGACUGUGAUUUGGCUGAUCGUCGACCCUCCCAGCGUUAUCCUGGAGAUGCCCAACGAGAGGGAAAACAAGCUUCAAGUCACCUGCCAGCUGAACAUCGUGGAGACGGUCGGUGUCAUGGUCUGGGACGUGGCACUCAUCAUCGUCUGCUGUAUCUUCGCCUUCAUGACCCGGAAGCUUCCAGAGAACUACAAUGAGACACGCUUCAUCACUUUCUGCAGCUUCUGCACGCUGGUGGUCUACGUCACCUUUUCGCCAAUCUACUUCACCUCCAAGGAGCCGUACUACCAGGCCAGCUACUACUCCGCCGGUCUCAUCAUCAACGCCACUGUCACCCUGACCUGUCUAUUCGCAGUCAAGAUCUACGCCUUGUACUUCGUGGAUGAGGAUGAGAUGAACAUCUUUACGCAGACGCGGCUGCGUGCCAAUACCAAGACGUCUUCUUCGGGUCGAGGUAUUCAGUUCCCGACAACCUCCUCCUCAGGUGCGAAUGAGGUCCACUUCAACCCGAACUAUGUGACCGAGACGGGGAGGUACCUGUCUGCACCCGGAGUGGAGGCUACCACCGAUGCCAACCUGAAUGAGGAGAAUCGACUCCGGAGCAGCUCCAACAACAGCAGCAAGAGCAACAACAGCCGGGCGUCCAGCGCCGGUGGCGGCGUCAUGGAAAGACUGAGGGGGACCAAUAAGGUUGACCCAUCUGACACUACGUCAGAGUCACGUGACACUGCUCGGCCCAAUGGCAUCGCGACACUUGAUAAGGUAGUCAGGGGUCCAGGUAAGGCCUCGCCGUCAUCCGCAAAAGAAACUAAAGUCUUCUUCAGUCCUGACGUUGUCGAAUGUGACACGCACAUGUGAAGAACCCGUCCAAGUUAUACAUCAGUUUCAUAAAUUAUAGGUACAAUCGUAACCUUUCUUAGUUUUACUAUGUGUAAAUAUUUUAAGAGGCACACUAAGUACAAAUGGUGUAUAAUUAAAAAGAAAACUGGCAUUCAUAUUUUUGUUCAGCAUGCUUUCAAAGUUUCAAGAGCAAAAAUAUGCAUGCCCUCACGCACGGGAGAGUUUACUGCAUUGGACAUAAAAAAAACAUAAGGCACAACAGCAAGUAGUAUAAGCGACGAAAGUGUACUUUAGUUUAACUAUACUUUUGAUUUUCUUAAUCAUUGUAAUUGAUCGAUUUAUGGGGGAAAUCAAAUGGUUUUUCAGCUACCGGUGCUGUUCAUGUUAAACGGCAUGCACCGGUGACACCCGUACUGUACCGGUUUAACCAGCAGUUUAUUAGUUUAGCUAGUUCUGUGCCGGUUAAGCCGGUACUGUACUGCUUUCACCAGCAUUGUACUGGUUUAGCCGACUUUGUAAUGGUUAAACAUUAGUACUGGUCAGUAAAAGUACCGGUUCAACCAGCACUGCACAGGCAAACCCGGCAACCUGGCGAGUCAACUUUCACGAACAACCAACCGUUACAUGAGAUGCACAUAGCUAGCUUUAUUUAGUUAACGUAACUAUUUUAAAAAAGAUAAGUGGUCAGCUAACACGCAAUAUUUGACUUCAUUGAUUGUUUUGGAGGGCCAUUGGAUGAAAAGAGGACUGGACAAUAAUUAUAUAUUGCGGCAAACACUCAGAAAUAUUGAUGGAAUGAACACUGUACAUAUUAUUCAGAAAGUAAUGGAAUUGUUAAUCAAUAUAUUAUUAUAGAUUUCAAAAAUGUGCUGGGUGUAUGUUUGUUUAUAUUUUUUCGCAUGACGGGAUUUGUAUAUAAAACAAACGAAGCAUACGGGCUAUGCACGUCAAAAGUAAUAUUUUGUAUACAACGGACCACGAAUUUACUGGUAAUCAUGCUCCAUCGGACAACAAAAUUGUCACUUUUGAAGUCAAAGGAGGACAUAACAGUGAGAAAACAGGCUGAAUUUUAUAUGAUAUGAUUUUACUUUUUUUCACAAUGGCUCGUUUUAAUAAUGUUGGAUUACUUUAUAUACGCACCUGCUUCCUCGUCAAACACACGUAUAAGGAAAAUAUUAACUAUCACUACUUUUCUUUGUUUUAAAAAUGUCAGCAUCUUAUUUAAACGCAAUGUAAAUGUGUCAAUGUAAAUAUUUUUUCAACACUAAAUUUGUGGCUUCACUUAACAAUUGUCGACUGCUGUGAUGUGGGAUAUGACGUCUUGAACACCCUCGGGGUCAACAAUUGUUUUGUUAUACCUCUGUCUU